AUGUCGGGUCAUAAGGCAAAAUCAAAGAAGAGCGAUGCGACGAAGCAGCAACGGAGAGACCCCUACGACGUUCUUGGGGUUUCAAGGAACUCUAUGGAUCAUGAAAUCAAGAGCGCCUAUCAAAAAAAUGGCUUUGAAGCCUGUUCUUCCUCACUUCUACACUACAUCAAAAAGCUUCUCUCCAGUUUUGGCCAAUUCUGUGGUAAAAUGGUGAGAGGAAAGACUCAGAUGAGGCGUAUAGAGAACGCCACAAGCAGGCAAGUGACCUUCUCCAAGAGGCGAAAUGGGCUGCUAAAGAAAGCAUUUGAGCUAUCAGUUCUUUGUGAUGCUGAGGUUGCUCUGAUUGUCUUCUCUCCUAAAGGAAAGCUCUAUGAAUUUGCCAGUUCAAGGGUUCUGUAUCAGAUCUGGUCUGUUGUUAUUGUAAACCAAAAUUUGUUAACUGUAGAGAUCUCUAAGACGCUUUUUGCAGUUCUUAGACCCUGCGUUCCUGUUCAUGCAUAG